GUACGUUGGCAAGAUAUGCUCUGGACCAGCGUGAGACGGCAGUGUAGAGGCAGAGAAGCAAGCGUCGAGACUCGUGAAGGUUUUUUCUCCAGAUAAAUUGAAGACGAGUGUACUUGACUCAGAAGACCGUGUUUUUCCUCGAGUAAACUCGUAGAAGAGAGAGCGUAGGCCACGCAGAAUCCGAAAGGAGUGCCGACAACACCGUGGCAAAAUCCAAAAAGCGCAACGGCACUACGGCUGUCUCAGUGCCACGUCGCCGCCAUUCGACUUACCCCUCCCCUACCUGUUGUAGCAGAUGUGAGUAGGUGAGCGAUUCUUUUCGCCGUCCGCUGCUGAAACAGAGGGUUCCGAAUGAAUAAAAGCGUGUCGGCAACGUUUCCGGUUCCGAGGUGGAGAAAACGCGACGGUCGCAGAACCUCAGUCUAGGCUCACUGCGUAACGCCGCCCCGCGCUCCCUGUGUACAUCGCGCGUCCUACUUACUCCACGCGAAUCUCCCCACCUCGCAGUGUUUAUGUUCGCUGGCACCGUUCGACAUGGUCGCAGACAUUGAUAAAACAAACAUCCACAUAGACGUGUUUGUGUGUGUACGUGCGCGUACGUGUGUCUCGGCACAUCUUCUCAGAGCCUGACACAGCGGGGCUCGAAGUUGAGUUUUUGUGUACACAGACAAGGCGUCCGAGGUAGUACGUAUUGCGAAUGUCGCUCUGCGGCUUGCAAACGUGAAAAACGCAGCAAGCGAGGAAAAGGCACAUCAUUUUUUGGAGGCUUGCUUUUUGUUCUUUAGCUGUUGCGCAAACGUGUGGACCAGAAACGCGGAUCAAGGCGUUUGCAGUCAAUGGAAAGGGAUCUCACUCCGUUGUCCAUGCCACCGCUUUUUUGCGCGGAAACGAGAACUCAGUAGAAAAACAACGUCAUUUUUCCCUCUCGCUUCCGGUCUUCCGCUCCGGCGAGUUACGUAGCUUUUCAUGUGUGUUCCGCGCCAGAGGCGGCGAACCACAGUUACAUAGGUGGGCAUGUAUAUGUAGUUACACGCCUGUGUAUUUGUUAUAUUCGCGACACUGCUUAGGCUGUUUUCGAAGAACAGCCAAGACUGCAGUUGCAGGGCAGAAGUCGUGACGUGUCUUUGUGUGCCUGACACACGUCUAGACUGCAGAUGGUGCACGUUUACGAAACGCUUGCACUCUGCAAAACGCCCACCUGUCCUCAAAAAUAAUAUAUACGUGUGUUUUCGUAGCCUCCUUUGUAGUUGUGUAGGAGGGCUGCCACCUCCGUUCUCGCGUUGCGCAGGGCUUCCUACCCCUUUCUGUUUUACUAACUGCAUUAGCGAGACACCUGUGAAUAACAUUAUGGGGGACUGUGGCGCGCAAACAAGGAACAACUAGCCGAAGGAAAUCAAUGCUGAAUCGAAAUUUGAGAGCGUCUUUGUUGACUUUGUUUAAUUUCAUCCAAUCCUCUACGGCAGAGAAAACCAUCCCAUUUCUGUCUGUUGAGGCUACGUAGGGGGCGGUCGCUUCUUUUCCAGUCGGCUCACGAGACUUUCCAAAGGGGAUUGAGUCGGUGUGUGGCUGACAAUUUUCAGCAGCCCCUAGCAAUCCGGUGUUGAAAGGCCUGUAGAUCGCAUAUUGGGAUCUUUUUUGACUUCUUCGGAAGAGGGAAUUCGUUCUUUCUUGUGCUUGAUCGAGUCACGUUGCCCGUAGCGUCAUACACCUACACUCAGUUACAUACCGUAUACCCUCUGCACCCUUUCUUCUGCGUCGUCUCUGCAGCUUCCGUCUCACAUUCCUCUUGCGCUUUCAUUGUUUCGUUUCUGUCACUGACGGAGUCGCUCCUUGCUUCCGCCCACAGAGUAUCCCCACCACCUUUCCCCUGGUGACUCCAUCCAUCUCGGUUUCUCCAUCCACUUCCGAGCGAAACAUGUGGUCACUCUGGCAGCUGUUUCACUUUUAUUGCCUUCGCCCGACAGGCGGGGCAGACUUGGCUCGAGUGCUCCAGGUUCCGAUCUUUGUAGCGUGUGCGCUGUACGUCCCCGUCGUCUACGGGUUGCAGUGGUACAUGCGGAACCGGCCUGCGUACAAAUUGAAGACGGCUUGUUUUGUCUGGAACCUCGCGCUUUCGCUCCUCAGUCUUUUGGGCUUUUUCGUAAUGCUGGUUGCUCAGCCGGUGCUCUUGACGAAAGCCAUUUUCCCAGAGACUCAGUUCGUGCCGCCUGUGCGCGCGGUCAUCUGCUUCUUCACGCUGACGAAGGCGAUCGAGUUCGGCGACACUGUCAUUCUGUGUUUGCGGAAAAAGCCCCUAAUUUUCCUGCAUGUGUACCACCACCUGACGGUCACGCUGUACUGUUGGCACGCGCAACUCGUAACCGUGUCGAUGGGCCACAACUUCGCGUUCAUCAACCUCGGGAUCCACGGGGUGAUGUACCUCUACUACGCGUUCUCCGUCUUGCAGGCGAGACAUCCGAUCCUCCUGGCGUGCCGGCCGUACAUCACGCUGUCACAGACGGUCCAGAUGUUUGUCGGCCUCUUCCUUUCGUACGAGGCGCUGGUGAGCGACUUGCCGGCGAGCGAGCACCUGAACGCGAACAUUGCGCUCGCCAUGUACGCAUCGUACUUUGUCCUAUUUGGGAAAUUCUACGUUGAGGCCUACAUGCGCCACCUGCGGCCCAAGACCACCCAGCUCAUUGUAACUGUGCACACUCUCGCGAUCGGCGGCCUCUGGAUUCUCUGGGGCCACAAACGCCGCCUCGCGGUCGCGGUCGAGCUCCUCGUUUUCUCGGGCGCCACAGCGAUUGUCCUGCCCCUCGUCCGGAAGGCGUACGCGGCCGCCUUGAGAAGCUGCGCUAGAGCCGAGGCACAAACGGCUGCGGGAGAAGCUUUCAGCCCUGCAAGCAAACUGACUCCGUCGCUGGCGAAAGUCGGAUGCGACGAAGACUCAGACGCCGCUCCCACGGAAGCGGACACCGCGCCAGGCUCCCCGGACGUCUCACCUUCAAAGUGCGGUGGUAGGACCCCGAGCGCCGCAGAGGCCGCGCCCGUGUGCAAGGAGCCGCAGCAGAUGGCUCUUUCUGAGCCUACAAUCUGCAAUCGCACACCCUCGCCUCAGAACCUAGAUAAGGCUCCUCAACAACCCGGUUCCCUUGGCACGUACCAGGCCGCCUUAACGAUCUCGAAUUUCUUACUCUCGUGGGCUGUAGAAGGCAUGAUGACGGCCGCGGCCCUGGCACAGUCGGAUUCGCUUUCCUGGGCACCCGGCACUCCUCGUGCGUCCUCCGCCUUCGGCAUGAAACGUGGAAAGGCCAAGGCCUGCGAGUCUUCGAGAGAAGAUCUCGAGGAAGAAGAGCCUGAGGCCGGGCCGAACCGGCCGAGGACAGGUUCAGAGACCCAUGCACAUUUCCGGAUUUUCGAUGGACUCUUCGCCCUCAUUCAGAAGCCUGCCGUCCAGACAGAGACCAGCAAGGCGCCCCCCGCCAAACAACUGGCUGCCACGGCUGAAUCACCGAAGCCACCGCAGGCGGCCUCAAGGCCUGCAACCACCUCCCCCACGGGGAGCGACUCGACCGCGCAGAGUACGACGAGGGGCCAAGUGACCCCGAAGAGUCUUCUAGGAGAGGAGGGAGUGGAGCUGGGCGCAUGCAUCGCCGCGACUGAGAGCGCAGCUGGUGAGGCAACGUCGAACUGCGGAGGCGCGACGAGCCGUGCCUUGUGCGCUGCCAGCGCAACGAGAGUGCCUCUGCACAGCGGCAAGGUACCGGCGGCUUUGCCUCGACACAGAGGCCCUUUCGGCUCUUUCAUGGACAUCGUUCUCGUCGUUCUCUCGUUCGCCAUUCCAAGCAUGUACGGCUGGAUAGCUCACGGCAGCUGUCUCCUCGGGCUCUGCGUGUUCGGCGCGCUGCGCUGGAUCAUUGAACUGUACACUUCUGACACUCUGAUCAAGGCGAAGGUGCCUGGGGCCGAGUGCCUGUGUGCACUCGCGGGGGGCAGCCUGAGGAAACGCGAUACGCGGAGAGGAAAAGAGAAGGAGCGAGAAGCAGAGCGAGCGACCAAGCGCGUCACCUGCGCACGUGGUGGAGGGGGAGGCGGCGCUUGUCUUCGUAGAGAUUGAGAUGGUUCUUCAGUCAACAAACGAGGCUCAUCCAACGCAAAAGGGACCUUGAGACAGAGGCAUGAUGGAGCCGAGCAGAGGAAGAGAUAGAGGCACCAGGCACUACCAUGCAGACAGAAGGCGGAUGAUUCCUACUUUCCGUGGGUCUGCUUAGAAUGGAAGAAACGGACCUCGACAGGACAAAGGCCACCGGAAAACUCUGCUUCAUGUGAGAAGAACUGGCACGGAGACGGGGUGGUAGACGUCUCCCUCUCUGCUGGACUUAUCUGUGAGAGGAAGGAGAGCGCAGGCAAUGCUGAGUGGCAGACAGAGAACGCUCGCGGUGCAGCUUGCGAGAAACAGAAGCCGGAACGGGGACAAAAGCGAAGGUCAGACACGCAGAUAACUCCUUUUUCUUUCUGGAGUAAUUGGCCAUGAGCGGAAACGACUUCACGCGCAGAAACUGAAUCUCGCUUUUGUAAGGAAAAUAAGGAUACCCAAACGGCCCUCGUGGGUUCCUUUAGAUAUACGGUAUCGUGAGGCGUCUAAAUGUGUAUAUACAUACAGAUAAGCACUAAGAAGGUGACUCCAAGUAGGCACGCUGUGCGCGUGUGAUACUAGCUCCGUCGGCAAAGGCUCGUACACAUUUCUGGAUCACUGCAAAAAGUUGUGGAGUGUCCAGUUGGUCUCUUUCUCGGGUCCUUUGCUCAGCGAACCCGCGUGGGUAUGAGCUAUUUCUCGAUAUUACCUAUUUUUAGUGCCACAGACUUUCCUCGGCUUGCCGUUUGUUGCGGGUGUAUGGUUGGACCUGCACCACAUUUCAAGCGACAAGGCUCCCUACACAAUUGCCAGACGAAGAAGUCCCACGCCUGAUCCGCAGCACGUGGCCUUUUCCCAUCCAGCGGCACGCGGAUGCGGUUGACAGGCUGUGGGUCAUAUUGAAGGUAGGAUUUUUCCUUUUUUCAGUCGUGGCAGUUUUUCGAGACGUCGCAUACUCUUGUUCGCCACGCUCUUUCGCUGCCCUUCUUCGCCUACGUUCGACCCUGCAUGCGGCUGACGCCGGCCCUUUGUAGAGCCUAUGUGAGAACCUUCAUGGGCUGCGAAGAGGCACUGCGUAAUUGUGUAGGGUGUCGAAGAGACGGCAGACAAGCGGCGAAAAGAGGCACCCGCUUUGGGGCUCUGCUUUGUAGUUGUUGCACACGAGCUGCCACUCAGAGGAAGGCGCCUUUCCUUGUGAGAGGGGUGCCGACGAAGGGUAGGCAGCGUGUGCGAUAUGCCUCCGUGUGCCCUCCGAAAGCAGACACCUCGUGAGUACGGCCGCGUUCACCAGGGAAACCACAGAUGAUUCACGACUGUGUUGCGUGUACGGGAAACGGUUUGAACCCGUCUGCCGGCAGAACUAACGCCAUUGAGGCCCCGUUCCCUUUCCCGACUUCACCUUCGACAGCGGAACAGUCGGUGGCAUUUUUGCAGAGGAGUGGAGAUAUGCGGCUCGUGCAGUUCCAGUCUGUUCUGGAGUCGCGCCACAGGGUGCGUUGGUCUUGGCCUCGGUUCGCGAUCCCCCUUCCGGUUUUUGAGAACGAAGCUGCACCGAGGCUCGCGUGAACGGGGAGAAACUGCGAGCAGGCACACACGCGCCUUUUCCUUUUCGUUCGCAGAACACGAAUGCGAAAGCGUGUAUGUACACAGCUGCGGGCGAGCAAACCGAUACUUGAGGGACCGAAGGAAAGGCUACCGGGCAUUACCUCAACACCUCAGGUUUCGAAUGCACCACCACGGACAGGCCGCUCGCAGAUCAAGGUAGGGGAAUCUUCCGUCUUUGGUCGAACAGGGGACACGACUCGUGCGCUUGACCGAGUUGCAGGGUUGCCACCUCUGGUGUUCAUGAGGCUUGCUUAUCUGGUAGCAGCGGCCACGAACUUACACUUCUAAUCGCUCUGGCACGAGUAGCCUGAGGCAGGCAUAGUGACCCCUGUCGCAGUUGGACAGUCCGGCAACUUUUUGUCUCCGCUUGCUUGACAUAUUUCGCUCUCCCCGAGUCCUAUCACCCCGCCACCCGGUCCGGUAUUCCCAUAUAUGUGUGUAUCUUUCCGCAUCUUACGCGCGAAUUUGUCUGAGUUUUCGCUUAUGCAUACUUGAGGGAUUCGUACACCGCGCAUACGCAUGUAACCUACAGUGGCUUCUUUAAAAUUGGAGUGCUUCAUCACGUGAUGGGACUUCUUGUAACGCGGCUGUCUCACUAAUGGUGUUGGGUUAAACGAAACACCGGAUUUACCAACAGAUCACUGUAAUACUACAUGUCUAAGACGAUGUACCCUGCUCCGCGCCUCUAGUGUUCGUCGAUCACGAGACCAACAGUUCAAAAUUUUGAACGUGACGCUUCACGUUCGUCAUCGAGCACCUUUUGAAGAGGAUGUCAAGUACAAAUUGAUGCUCCUUACAAAAGCAACUGAAGAGAGGUGAAGGACUUCUGGUGCACCCGAUUUUGCGUGCCCACUAUACCGUUCGAAUUAAACUGAUACAUUGCUGCCAACUUGCACUUUUGCCCUUUCGUUUCCCUUUCCAAGGUGGUCUGAAGA